CGCGAAUCCAAGUGUUUCCGAGGACGGAGACAUCAACGGCUCAGCCCCGAGAAGAAAAUCGCGCGGUUUCUAUCUCAGCUUUCUAGCGCUGAUGGCCACCACGUUUCUUAGCGCGUUGGAUCUGACUGCCGUGGGGACAGCGCUUCCGACCAUCGCAGCAGCUUUGGACGAUAGCAGAGGCCUGGCAACUUGGAUUGGCUCGGGGUACGCCUUGAGUAGUACUGCAUUCAUUCCUCUCAGUGGUAGUAUGUCCGAUGCUUUUGGGAGACGGCCUGUAUUGUUGGCUGCCUUUGUGUUCUUCGCGGCAGGAAGUGCAGUCGCUGGCGCCUCUCAAAGCAUGUCGAUGAUUAUAACGGGCCGGAGUGUGUGAUACUUCAAAGAUUAACUUUGUCUCUUGUGUGCUGACUAUGCCAGCCAUACAAGGUAACCUUCUGGGCAUCUUUUCUGGCAAGUCUUCACGGAUUGGACAACUCAUCUCAUAUAGGCAUUGGGGGUGGAGCAAUAAUCAAUCUCACAGAGGUUUUAAUAACAGAUCUUGUGCCAUUGGCAGAAAGAGGGCUUUACCAGGGCAUGCUAGGCCUGGUUUGGUGUCUUGCAUCUGUCUGUGUUGGUUUUCCUUCUCAUCAGAUUAUGUCUCAUAUCUCUAUGUCUUCUCAUAGUCUAUUGGCCCACCAGUAGUAGGCACAUCUGGUUUUUGCAAGUUCUUUUGUCUGAUGAUCGUUUAAGGGUGGUCUGCUUGCCAAUAGUGGACACAACUCCUGGCGUUGGCUCUUCUGUGGGUUCCUUUUGAACCAUAUUUGGUGAUCAUAACAUAUUCUAGACCUGAACCUGCCCUUGACCAGCAUUGCUUUUCUGCUGGUUAUGUUCUUUCUUAGGGUAAAGACCCCAUUGGGAACAGUCAGGACAAAGCUUGUCAGGGUGGACUGGAUGUGGGUCUUUUCUCAACUUCAAGUCUGCAUUCAAUACAGUUCUCUAGUGGAAAUGCAAUGGCUGUUUUAGGAUCAGGUCUUGUGAUCAUUGCUCUUACCUGGGGUGGAGUCUCAUACUCCUGGGCCUCUACACCUGUGCUUAUCACUUUGAUUUCUGGCCUCCUACUUCUGCUUGCAUUUGGAUUCUAUGAAGCCUCAAUCCCAUCACAAUCCACCAUUCCACUAGAUGUGAUUGCCAAUCAAACCUCACUCAGCAGUCUUUUUGCCAUUGCAGCUCAUGCAAUUGCCAGCAUAUCCAUGAUCUACUAUUUGCCUGUGUACUUUCAAGCAUGUUUUGGUGCUUCACCACUACAAUCAGCCUUGGACUUUCUCCCUGGUGCUACCAUCACUGCCCCAUUUGGACUGCUUGCUGGAAUGCUCAUCACAGCAACCAAGCAGUACCGGAAAGUCAACUGGAUUGGAUGGCUGAUCAUGAUUGUUGCAUUUGGUUUGAGCAGCAGUUUGAAAGCCACAGCAUCAGUUGGACACUGGGUGGGGUUCCAGCUUCUUGCUGGAAUUGGUAUUGGAAUUGUUAAUCAGCUGAAAAAUAAUCUCCCAGCCACUUUUGUGGCAAGAUUCCCUCCCCACUUCCAUGUGGCCUUUGCUGUGAUCCCAGCAAUCAACCAACUUGACCAGCCAUUGAAGUCUCAAGUACAAGCAGACUUUGCAUCAAGCAUGGCAGUUAUCUGGCAGGUUAUGACUGGAACUUUCCCGAAAGAUCUCCAGCAGCACCUCGCAGCACGGAUUCCCGCUCACCUCAAUAUCAGGAUCCAAUCCAGUCUAUACCUCACGUACAAGAGCCGCAAGCCCAUAGCCUUCGCGACGCAGAACUUUCUGUCAUGGCUGGAGACCCAGCCCCCCGGGCCAGUCAUCCUGCUAGCACACUCGAUGGGCGGACUGCUAGCGGCCGACGCUGCGACAACCCUCUCGAACACGCCCGACGUGCGGACGCGGCGGAUCCUCGGCGUAGUGAACUUCGAUGUCCCGUUCUUGGGGAUGCACCCGCACGUCGUCGUCAGCGGUAUCGCGUUGCUCUUCCCAGACAAGGAGGAAGGACCUAGCGAGGCGGAGAUGAACAAGCACAAGGACGUGAAGAUCGUGGAUCGCAAAGUGACGGAGGAUUGGGAGCAGUCUGUGGCGACGAUUGAUGCUAAGCACAAGGCGUCUUCGUCCUCGUCAUCCCCUCCGCACGCUGUCCCCAACGGCCCAUCCAAGUUCGUCUCCAAGACGGUGAACCUGCUAGCCGGCGCAAACAACUCCACUCUCGGCCGCUGGGUACGCAAGCACGCUGAUGCCCCAUUCAGCGCCGGCAUGCGCUUCGUGACAGAAUACUUCCAGUUCGGCAUCUGCAUGUUCGACCCCGUUGGACUGAAAACACGCUAUGCGCGGCUUGUGGGCUGGCCGGGCGGGAUGUGGGUCAACUACUGGACGGAGGUGCCGAAAAACCACGCGAAGAAGGAUGCGCUGGAGGAGGAUUCGGAUGCGAGGGCGGAGCUUGAGCUCGUGCAGAAUGCGAUGAACGGCCACGCGUCGACGGACACGCUCGCCCCGAUGUCUCCCUCGUUAUCGCCGUCUGCCUCGGGCAGGACGUCGAGGUGCCCUACACCGACAGCGUCCUCCACUUCGCUGACCUCUGCCACCCCUCCUCUGACGCCUGAGAAGCCACGGAAGCCCAAGCACCACCAUUUCAUCGUGCUCCCCGCCGGCGUAGUCGGGCUGCUCGGCGGUAGUGAGAAAUGGGAGAAGGUGCCGAUCGGAGGGGUCUCGGAUGAGGUCGCGGGCCACUGCGGACUCUUCAUCCGGGGACAGAAUCUUGACUACGAUGGACUCGUGCAGCGUGUCGGGGCACGUAUAUUAGACUGGUGCGAGGUGCUUAGAUGACGACUAGCGCGUCGGCCCUCGCGAUGAUUCAAUACCACUUUCUUGCUUGCACUCAAUGCUUCCAAGUCAUGCAUGAGCCGGGCAGCUGCAUAGAUCGCUUGCAAUGUGUUAUGCUCGUGUUACUGAUGACCAUCGGAUGCUAAACACCGAGCGUAUCCGCAAUCCAUCACAGCGCAGAGCAUGCAUCCAGGCGCACCGCAUCUGAUCAGGCCGGAGUACAACUGCGUUGUUAUACCAGGCCGAGUAUGCCCGUAGUCAGACCAGGGGUAUUUAAUGUCGCAGAUACGAAAGAGAGUGCAUUCUCCUAUUCUCUUUUAUGGACUCUUUCCACAACCUCGAACUGAUUCCGACGACCGCCGAUGUUACCCUGGAGGGACCUGCGGCCGUGCCAGCCGACGCUGACCAGAGCUCAAACGGCAGCGAAUACUGCGUCAUCGCGUGAAAAGCGAACUGCAUGUUGACUGAGUAACUCUAUGACUGUAUUGUCUACACCUGUCGUUUCAUAUCGCCCAGACUAUCACCUUGUAUAGAAAGAGAGUCUGUCCGUUACGGGCAUUCUUUUCGAUAGAAAUGCCCACGUGAGUCAACACAAAGGUCAUGCUGUGUGUCGGAUGGUUACCAGUAAAGAAUGCUGGGAAUAUCGACCCUUCAUGCCUGCAAUUUGUUUUUGAUGCCCACAUGCCGAGAUGAUACUGG